GUAAGGUCUGACUGGGAAUGAUGAGAGUGGCAGUGUGACGUUUUGUAAGCCGCAGGUCACUCACGACGUGGAGCUAGUGGGUAGAGUAGUCAGUCACCCUCUGCUUACUCCCAUUCGCAUGCACUGCAGCCAUACUGCCGCUGUAUGACGUCAUGUCGAGAACGAGGCCUUGAAAAGGCGGAAGUGCUCUGGAGACCCGCAGCUUUUCGUAGGCCAGGGACAUUGCAUUGUGUGACAGCGAUUCGGUAACAUCUGGAGGGUAAGUCUCCCUCAGCAGCCGCACUCAGGGCACGCUCAUGUUUUUGCCGUAGCUCACACACACACACUGUGUUUGGGCCUGACUCUCUGCUCUCAGCAUUCACACUGCCCAAGGCCUGCGUGAGGGCAGUUUUCCCCCAAGCAGAUGUAUGAGCCUGUAUAUUGUUUCUUGAACAAAGUACAUGUUAAUUAUCUGAGUUAUUGUCUUCCCAUGGGUUUGUCUAACAGCAUAUACACAAAUAUGUGCAGAGUGUUUAUUUAUGGGGGGGAAACCCACGAUAAUGGAUUAUUUCCCACUAAAACACAUACAUAUGACAGCAUUAUGUAUCUUUGAUCUGCAUAUUAUUAUUUUUUUUAGGACAGAGUUAGGACAAGACUUCUGUUAAUCUUACAUUUGUAUAUAGUAUGCCAAAGAAUAGUUACUUUUGUGGGGCAGCAGCUGCUAUUUGUCCUUAAAAAGGACACUAUAGAAGUGGUCUGGGUGCCAGGUCCCUCAGGUUUUAACCCUUCAGAUGCAAACAUAGCAAUUUCAGAGAAACUGCUAUGUUUACAUUUGGGGUUAAGACAGCCUCUAGUGGCUGGCUUCCGGACAGCCAUUAGAGGCGCAUCUGCGACGCUGUUGGCAUAUUAUGCCUCCAUCGUGCAGAGCGUCCAUAGGAAAGCAUUGAAUGCGUGCACGUCACUUGCCGCACAUGCACAUUAGGCUCCACUGACGUCGGACGGGGGAGCUGCAGUUGGCGGGGGAGGUCACAAGUGUUUUUAUCCCUUCAGCGCCACGAGAGGAGGACCUUGAGGGUGGGGGCACCCUCAGGGCACAAUAGUGUCAGGAAAACGGGUUUGUUUUCCUAACACUAUAGUAAACCUUUAAGCUCAUUAGCAAGCGCUCUUUGUCUUUUGUUUUGUUUUGGACUGUGUUCCUGGGUGGGGUUAUUCACUUAAUCAAGAUUUGUCAGCAAUUCAAAGUGAAUUUGAAAUUCAAAGGGUUAGUCCAAGCACCAUGACCACUUAAUUUUAAGUUGUCAUAGUGCCUGGAUUCUGUAUUUGCAGAAUUUGCUCUGAAACCAUAGGCCAGGGGUAGGCACAGCGCUGUAUCUAGCGCGAGGCUGGCAAGGCAUUUGCCUUGGACUGCACUUUUAAGGGGGCGUCAAAGUCACCCCUCAAACCCCCCGGCAGAUGCCUGGUCAACCUCUUGUCCUGGAGGCAGGCAACCUUUAUCACUUCAGUUGUUGCGGAUUACAUCUCCUUUUAAAGGGAUUCUAUAGUGUUAGGAAUACAGAUCCUGACACCGAUUCCAGCGCUAAUGUCCUUCGUCGCUUCGCCUGCUCAGAUGUUAUCUGAAAGGGUGGCCUAAUGUGCAUCUGUGGUGAGCGCAUUUAGCCCUCCCCAUAGCAAAACAUUGCCUCAAUGCUUUCCUAUGGAGAUUUUACUGACUCUGGAUGUCCUCAUUUUCGUCACCUAACAAGUUUUAGUCUGAAUAUUACAACCAGUGUAAUUAUUUAGUGCAUACUAUAAUUGAGUGUACCUACUAUAUAGAAAUGGAAUAUAUAAGGUACAAAGUGUUAACAAAGGUGAUAUAAAGUGUCAUAAGUGCUAGAAAGUGCAAUCAGUGUUGAAAAGUGUAUAUGUACUAUUAGUGUUGGCGUAUACAAUUCUAAAUAAUGCUUUAUGCUUCACAGUACAACAAAAUGUGUGCCAGACAUAUUGUGGAGUACAUACAAAGCCUGUUAUAUCAGGCAAGUAGAUCUAUAGAUAAAACUAUUAGUGCAUAUAUAAAGUGCUGUGUGCUUGUUGACAAAACAUGAAAAAGUGUGGUAGAGGCAGUACAUGCACACCAAAAGGUAGGUGACCUUCAAAAAGUUAAACUUAAUGGAAAACCAAUAUGGAGUAUGGACAUCAAUUCAGUCUUCAUAAAUAAAGAAGAUACAAUGAAUUAAUGACAAUAGAAUCUAAAUAUAUAAAAAAUUAAAAACAUCAACUACAGGGGACUCAUAAAAUGAGUGAUAGGAGAUCAUCUCAUUUAGUCCUUUUAGGGGCUAUAGUGUCCAAGUUGUAGAUCCAAAAUGAUUCACGAUUUAACAUAAGUUUACUUCUAUCUUCCCCCCCCCCCCCCCCCCCUGUUUUAGCGGAGGUAUAUGGUCAAUAGCCACAAACUUAAGUGUUGACAAUGCGACUGGUUGAUUGGACGUACCAUCCCGAUAGGCUACCCGUAUGCUCGAUCUAUGGCCCCUAAUCCUUUCACACA